AUGUUCUACGAGUGAGAUUUUUUUCAAUUUUCAUGAAAUAAUUCUUAAUUUUUUUCUUUGAUGCCUUGAAGUCUGUGUAAGAAAAAAAAAUUUUUCAGUUUUGAGAAUUUUUGGAUAGUAAUGUUUAUUCGCAUGCAGAACGAAAAAAAAGUAUAGAAUAAUGGUUAAAACGAGAAUACUUAGUAUAUAUAUGAGCCUGUCAAGAGUUAGUUCAUUCAUCUACAGCUGCAGCGAAAAGCAAGAUUUCCGAAAAAUCGAAUCGCACAUAUCUCAGAUAAACCAUGUACAUCUACCGUUUUUUCGCCAAAUAGUCUAGCUAAAUUUGAAACUUCUUUUUUUGUCUCAUCAUUCCAAGACCUUUUUUUCCUUCAUCUAUAAUUUUUUGUUAUUUCAGACCGUUUUUCUUGCCAGCCUCAGCGAUCGUAAUAUGCACUCUUGUUAUCUUUCUAGUCUGCUACUUCAAAGUUAUUAGGUAAACUUGAUUCAAGCUUGAAAAUCCAAUUGCUUAUUUUGCAGCUCUAGUAAUCAUUUCAAGGAUCCGCCCGUUGUAGAAGGUUCGUUUCAAAAAAAGAAGUCUUCAUGUGAUUUUUGGCUUGUAGAAAUUCGGAGGGCCCUUGCUGAUUUUGAUUUCGGGGACAAUGUGGUUUGUUUGAAAAUUUUACCGGUUCUUCGUUUGGCGCGAAAGUUGAAGGCAAAGCCAAGCUGGCUCUUAUCUUGGAAACGAAAUUGUAUGACUCGUCUUUUUUGUACUGCGAGCUUGUAAAGUAAAUAUUUCCCUACAUGACACGCGAGAUGGGUAUAGCCGAUUCACGGCUAGCUUGAACUGUUCAUUUUCAAGGAUCUUUUUCUCGGUACCUUAUUAGGUUCAUCAGAUAAUUUUGUUAGUUUUCAAAUACUCUUACCUGGAUCUACAAACCACCUUAGUUAGAACUCGUUGCGCGACUUUUCGUUUUUUGUUUUUCUUCUUUGCCUAGAUCCAUUGUCAGAGACGGGAAUUUAGUUUUUUAUAGCCGGUAGAUCAGCUUCGAAAGGCCAAGAUGUCCUCCACUCUGUUAAAUAUGCUCAUAACUGGUUUUCACUCGGAUUUCGACGUUUUCGUCAAAGAGAGGAGGAUUCAGAUUCACAAAAGCGUCGUGGCCAUUCAGUCGGUUUUGUUCCUUUCACCCUCCAGAGAAAAAUAACCAUGAGCAUUUUAUUUACUUUAUAAAAAAAAAAUUAGUACCCAUUCAUGAAAAUUAAUUGAUUUGCCUCGAUUUGAAAUCCUCUUACUUGUCUGCGCUUUCUUUUCUUUCACCCGGAAAAAACAUGACUUUGAUUUCCUUUCCAUAAAAUAUUGGAUUUUUUCAGAUCGGACUUCUUUGCGGCCUUGUUCAAAGAACCAAUCGAUCAGGAGAUGAUAAGGGUACAAGAAUCAUUUUUGAAAACAAGAUAAACAUAUCUCUUCAGGGUCGCCUGAACCUUCCAGAAAACUUCGAAGACGUCUUCCAAUUGUUUAGGUUCGAUCAAUUCUCACAGUGAGUUAUUCCAUAGUUGCUGUGAUUUUUUAUUGAGCAACCAGAUAUAGUCCAUUUUUCAUGACUUGAAAAGGCUUCUCCGCGCUCUCCUUAUCUUUCGGUGAUCCUCGAUGGUUCCGUGGUGCUUUUUUGCUUUUGAGCUCGCUGGUGAGCGAACUGACACUCGAAAAUGUUCAAGGCGGACAGACUUUAAUCUUCUUCUCAAAGCUUUAUUACAGUAUCACAGAUUAUUACAGAUGCAUGUACGGUGAACGUAUUCCCGUCGACUUGGAGACGGUCAAACGUCUUCUGGUUCUCGCCAACCAAUUCCAAGCCAACGAACUGCGGACCAAGUUUGAGAUGAGGCUCAUCGCAAAACUGGGCACGAACAACGCAUUCAGCCUGCUGAUAUUUGCCCAUCAUAACAAGGCGGAUAAGCUGAAAGCCUUCGCCAUGAAGGUAUUUAGUUUGAUCAUAAUCGUCAAAGAGGUAUAGUCCGUCUCUCCCGACUUGAAAAGGCUUCUCUGCACCCUCCUUGUCUCUCGGCGAGUCUCUCAUGCUGACGUGAUUUUUUCAUGUUUCUCUGACCUUGUUGGUCGGAGAACAGAGAGACGCAGACAGUCGAAAACUUCCAAGCCGCGGUGGACGGACCAUAACCGAUUUGACUACAAUUAUAAACGUACAAUUGGUUUCAGCUGAUCGCGGAGCGUAGACCCAAUGAAUUCACAGAAAGUAAAGAAUAUAUCGAUAUUUUCAAGACUUUACCGCUCUCUAACGAACUUCUCCGUGAAUGUGAUCGUCGUGCGAUGAUGAGAGUGGGAAUCAUGUGAAUGUUAUGUAACGCUUUUUUCAGUUAGUAAUUACUUUUCAAGUUUAAAAAAAACCUUGAGUCGAGUGUGAUAUGUACGAUUUUCAAUGAACUUUUUUCGCUUAUCGUUGUUCGUUUUUUUGAACGGUUUAUUCAGAAACCAAUUAUAUCUAUUUUUUACUGUUCUAUAUUUGAUCGGCGUGGAACUAUAUUUUCAUCGUUCGCAAGUUUGUUCGUUCACCGAAAUAUUCAUCAAGUGUUCAAAAAGCAAUUUUUUUUCACUAGAGCGCACAUGAAUGAACGACAGGUGAAUAAAAUAUAGCUGAUUGACAGCUGGCUCGAACCAUCGAAACAAUUUCUCAAGAUCUUUCAUAGCCUGUCCACAUUUUGAAUGUCAAGCAGCAAACUCCGCCCCCAACAACGCUCUAUGAAUGACCCGCUCUCGGUUUGAUCUACCCAUGAGGCAUAGGCGAAUCCGAAAAGGGUAUCACAAGACCCUCUGAGGUAUAUCGCAGGGUCUGAAGUCUAUCGAUGGUCCCUCGAGUACCUCUGAGUUCUUUGAGAAAAAUGAGCCAGACUUGAGAGAGACUCUCAAUUACCUCCGAGAUGGCUCAGAUAUAGCUAAAAGGUAUGCUGAACGUCUCACGAUGGACAUAUUUUGGGGAUCCAUUUUGAGAGGUAUAUUUGUGGACACUUAUUGGCACCCCCCUAUUCGCCGAAGUUUGAGCCCGUGUGGGCGGAGUUCAAGCGAACUUGACAUUCAAAAUCUGAACAGACUGUAUCCCACUUUGGAACUUUCUUCUUUGCCCACUGUCCAAGAAAUCAUCUCGCGUUUGAAGAAGAAAUUGCAGCAUGGACAACAUGCUUCAGUUCACACUUCUUGCAUUUAUUUCGCUUUUCUGGCUGCUGGUUUAUCCAUACCUUUACUACACAAACGAGAUGAAAAUCACGUGAGUUUGUUGCAACGUUUUCAAAACAAUGUCCUAUCGACUUUUUCUCAUUAUAAGCUGUCAGUCGAUCCAAAAUAUUGUAAAAAGAAACCAAAAAACUUUUUUUGCGAGAUUUUUCAACCUGCUUCCAAACUUUUCCCACUAGGGAACGUUUUUAGCCCUCGGUUGAAUUUUUGAUGAAACUUUGCUGAAGUGUACUUUAGAACCUCUAGAUAUACAGCAGACGAUAAAAAAAGAAUUCCGCAAUAGAUUUGGUGUUCUAGUUAAGACGGUGUAGAAGCUCUAAAUAGCGCAUUUUUGCCUAAUUUGCUUAUUUUGCAAACAUUGAAGCUUCACAACUCAAAAAAAAUCUAUUGUUUGGAAAUUUUUCUUUUUCUGGAAUCAAAAGAUCCUCAAGGGGAUUUCAUCAAAAGUUCAACGAGGGCUGAAAAAUGUUCCUUGUUAGUGACUACAUACCACCAUCCAUUUUCAAUGGAAAAAAAAAAAAAUAUAUUUUUUUCAGUCAAACGGCUCUCUGUUCAAUAAUGUACGGCAUCGUAAUGAAUGUUGUUGUGAGGGCCUACAACAGCGGCAGGUUGGCUUUUUUUGAAAGUUUCAAAAAAUAGUACUCCUUGCUUUUUUUCCUUCUGUUGUCCUAACUCUUGCAAGAAACUUAAAGAUUCGGAAGAGAGUAAGUUAGAUUUAUUGUAUUUCCUUACUUUGACAUUUCUCGAUCAUUUUUCCAAAACCUUUUUUCGAAAAAAAAGGUGAUGAAAAAAAGUGUUGCAGUAGGAGCAUUUUAUCGGUUGUGCUGUUCAUCUGUUUAAUGAAUGUUCUACUUAUCGUCUCCAUCGCCGUCGAGGUUUUCAAGUGAGCUUUUCAAGCACUUUCAAAAACCAAACACUAUCGAGAUUUUCUUUAAGAUUUGAGAACUGUUGGUGGCUCAAUAUUUCGGCAUUAGGUAUAACAAUUUAUUCCCACGUUCACUUCUUCAAAUCCAGGUAAGAAUCAUUCAAAAUUUGAAGAAAGACAGAUUUUUAUUUACAGUGACGAGAGAGAAAGUGAGCCGGGAGUUGAAGAAAGUCAGUUUUCAGGAAAGGAAAGUACUUUGUAAACUUUGUGUUUUUAGGAAUUCAAAGCGCUCUCGCUGCUUUCGAUUUCGGGGAAAUUGUGGUUUCUUCGAUUUUUUAUGAAGUUUUGGCUAGAUUUCUAUUUUUUUUAGCCAGAAGAGCAGCCUCAAAAGGCCAAAUUGCCCGCUACUUUGUUAGAUAUGUUCUUAAGCGGUCUUCACUCGGAUUUCGAUGUUUUUGUCAAAGGCUGGCGAAUUCGAAUCCACAAAAGCGUCGUGGCAAUUCAGUCAGUUUUUUUUAACUUGAAUUUCAAAAGAAGUUUGUCAUCAGCAAAAAAAAUGGCUGAAAGAAAGGAAAAUUUUCAUAUUUCUUUUUCUUAAUGGGUCAAUGAUUACUAGAUUUAUUCACUGCGUACUAUAGUCGAAAAUUCAAAACGAGGUGUAGCGAAAAAUACAAUUAAAAUAAAUGCGAGACAGAAAUAGAAAAAAAUGGAGAAACUUUUCAGAUCGGACUACUUUGCCGCCUUGUUUGAAGAGCCAAACGAUCAGGAUAUGAUAAGAGUUUGAAAAUAAUUUAUCAAAACUGAAGUUAUAAAUAUUUUCAGGGUCGCCUAGACAUUUCAGAGAGCUAUGAGGACGUCUUCCAAAUGUUCAGGUAUCUCUAAAUAGUCCUAUAGUGAAUAUAUUUUAAAGUUGAGCUUUUUCCUGAUUCAAAAUCCAGAAUAAUAAAGAUAUUUUCAUAAAAUCUGAAGCUUACUCACAGAUGCAUGUACGGCGAGCGCGUUCCCGACGACGUAGAGACGGUCAAAAGUCUUCUGAUCCUCGCCAAAAAAUUCCAAGUCAACGAACUGCUGACCAAGUGUGAGAUGAGGCUGAUCGAAAAUCUCGCCGGCCACAACGCAUAUAGUUUCUUGCUUUUCGCCCAUCAACACAAGGCCAUUCAAUUGAAAGAAUUCGCCCUCGCGGUAUGUAGUUUGAUUAUAAACAGUAAGAAUGUACUUAUUCGACUACAGUUUUCAGUUUUGAAGAAGCAAAUUAUAGCCGAUCCCCAACUUGAAGCAGUCUGAUUCCUCGUUUUUCAUUCAUACUUUUUCAUGUUUUUUUGAACUCUUCCGAGAGCGAAAAAAUAAAAAGAAGCUAUUAUAAGGUUUAUCCACCUUGAAACGCCUCAAAAAGAUAAGAUUUCUCUGAAAAUAUAGCUAGAGGACUUUUUGGUGUACCAGUAGAGUUGCCAUAAAUCUUUGAAAAGUCAUUAGCUUCCGGGAACAGACUUAUCAUACUAGUUGAGCAAUUUGUAUUCCAGGACCUUCAUUUGGUACAGUUGAAAGUUUCGUGUUCAGCUUUCAGAAAAUUCCAACGUGCAAAAUUGAAUGACUACCGUUAGAGAACAAUUUUUAAUAAAUUAUAGAAUAUAGUCUGCUCAGAUUUUGAAGUUUUAAGUCGUCGCUCAAGCCCGCCCCUAGAGACGCGAUAAACCAAUCAUAGAACGAGCCAUUCACAUAGCCUUUUCGUCAUUGUUCGUGACAUUCAACAUCUGAACGGAUUAUAAUUAGUGAUUUGGGACUUAUUACAAACAGAACUUGAUUCCAUGAGAAGCCGUUUCGAAUAAUUUACAAUAAACUGUUAAAUUCUCAAACUAAUUUCAGAUAACGGUGAAGUAUAACCGGGAGAUCCCGUUUGAAGAACAAAGGCUCUACGUGAAAAUUAUCCGCAAAAUAAAACCUCUGGCAACAGAAUACAUCGAAGCUCGCAUUCCUCGCUUUUUACUUGACUAGUGAGACGUUCAACGUAGCUAACUCUAUUCACUUGGCGAAUAAAUUCAGGAUUCUCAUGGGCUGUACAAAUAUCCUGCUUGAAUUCUAAUGAUCGUAAAUAAAGUUUCUUCUUGCUUUUUCAAGUCGGUCACCAAAUCAAAAUCCUCUUUUCAUUUAGAUAAGAACUCCUUAACGCCAAAUUUUCCCUUUUUAUUAAUCGAUAUAAUAUUCAUAUCUCCGCUAGUUGGGACCGAAAGAAACAGAAAACGUUUUUUUUUUUCGCAUGGUUCGCCGUUAAAAACCUGAAGACCAGUAUGCAAAAUAUUAUACUUCCAAUCUGAUUCUUUUUCUCUGUUUCUGUUGUAUCGUUCUGUUUUCUGUAGAGCUUCGAGCUUUAGGCUUGUUCACUCGCAUAUGAACGCGAUGCGCUUAAAUUCCAUUAAUCUUUUUUUUUUCGCUUUUUAUGUUAUUUCUUCCUUACUCUCUUAUUCAUCUCAGUUACCUCCAAUUUUUCACUUUGCUAUAUUAACCUUUCAAUCUGCCAUUUUUUGUAAUUUUCAUAUAGCUGAUUCACGGUUGGCUUGAGCCGUCGAAAAACGGGUCCUGACACGAUAAUGCACGAGAUAGCGCCUGGCUCGUGGAGAGCGCAGACAGGACACGCCCCCUCAGCGUCCCAAGCUGGCCGUGAAUCAGCUAUAACUGCCAUUUUUUUUGUAGUUUUUCCAAUAAAUAUAUUCAUCAACCUCGUUUUUUUGAUGGAGACAAAAAUGCUCCGAUGGGUCGCCGGCAUCACGAGACUAGACCACGUGCCAAAUGAAGACACCUGAAAGCGAUUUGGAGUGGACCCAUUGUGGAAAAGCUACGCGAAAACCGUCUGAGAUGGUAUGAAUACGUUCUACGAGCAUAUGCCACGUCUAUUGCGAGAACGAGUCUCGAAAUGGAAGUCGAUGGCAAAAGGCCCAAGGGCCAACCGAAACAACUAUGGUUGGACACGCUACAUCCAGACCUGAAAGCGACAAACCAACACCCUGACCAAGCAGCGGAUAGAACGAAAUAG